CAUCAAUCACUCUUGCGCAUACACAAAAAUCAAAAAAAGUUUGAUCGAUAAUAAUAUUUCUUUAAUUAACAAAUAAAAUUCCCAUCGUGUCUAAUUUUUAUUUUAUCAUAAUUUUCUUUAAAUAUUACAUAUUUUUGAUCUUUUUAUAAUUGAUUAGAUAAAUUAAUUGAAUUAAAUAUGCAAGAACUAAAAAAUACAAGUAUUCACCAUACAGCUCUAAAACUAACAUCUGACAUUCAAGCAAUGAAAAUCUAUGCCUCAUUGUAUAAGACUGUUCAGAAACUUGUUUGCCAACCGGAUGUUGAUAAGAAUGACUUGAGAAAUACCCUUGAAGCUGCAAUUAAGUCUACAGGACUUGAGACUGAGAUUCGAAAUAUAAUUUUUGACCUUGUUAAGAGCUCUUUAAAUACAGAAAUAAGAACCACUCCAGGAACGACUGACCCUUUGGGAUAUCUUAAACGAUCGGCUGUUCAAUGGGACAGAAGGGUUAGAAAAUCACUGAAUUCAAUGUGCAAUGAGCUUAAGAUGCCACUGCAAGGUCAACCAAGAUGUGUAACAGAUCGUGACGAAUUUCUUUCGAAAUGGGAAGAACUUAGCAACUAUACAAUAGAUUUAGCAAGUUUUCGACCAGUUUAUGCACCAAAAGACCUUUUAGAUGUCCUUUUGUCACUAAAAGGUCCUAGCAGAUCAUUGGACAAUAAUGAGUUCGUCCAAAUUCCAAAAUGGGAGUUUUCACACAUUUCUUUGCCAGUAAAAAAUCUGUUCGAUUUGAGAUCCCAUUUUGCUGAGUUAUUGCGCCAAGAUGCAUCUUACGACAUCAGUAUUCAGUGUCAGAAAAUUUUAGACUACAAACACGCGCCGUUAUGCCAACAAAUACUCAAAAAGGGUAACACCCCAGCCCCAUAUCGUGGGGCAUUAUGGGCUUACAUUCUUGGAAGUCACAUCAAUGUUCAUAAUAUGGAACAUUGGAAUAAACUGAAAAGCAAAGUUUUAACCACCGAUCAUAUUGUUGAUAAACUGAUUUUCAAAGAUAUUCAAUUGACUGCUUCGAAUGAUGAUCAAUAUUUUGUUUUCGAAGAUGUUCUAUACCAAGCCAUGUUGUGUUUCUCUAGAGACUGGGAAAUAUCGGAGAAAAUUCAAUUUGAAAGUUUUCCAUUGAAGGGUAAACAAUACGAUGGUCCACCAUCGGGAGUUGUACCUUUUCAUGGAAUUUGUAUGUUUGCUGCUCCAUUUUGUUAUCUAUAUGAUUCACCAAUGAAAUUGUAUUUUACAUUUCGGGCUUUUUAUAUUCGUUAUUGCCAUAGGUUGACAACCAUUAAUACUCAUCCACAGGGCAUAGUAAGUCUUUGUUUGUUAUUUGAAAAAUUACUACAAACACACGAGCCUCAACUGUGGUCUCAUUUUCGUGAGCUACAAAUUCAACCAAUUCGUAUUGUGUUCAAAUGGCUUAUGCGAGCAUUUAGUGGUCAUCUACCUCCUGAUCAACUUCUUGUACUUUGGGACUUGAUGCUUGGAUUUGAUAGCUUGGAAUUACUUUCACUCUUUGCAAUUAUCAUCUUAAGUUUCCGCAAAGAAAGUAUCAUGCAAGUUUCAUCUUUGGAUAAUAUCGAAGCAAUUCUUUCGGAUCUUUCUUCAAUCAAAGUUUUGCCUCUUAUUCAAUUAGCUUUGAGUCGAGAUUAGUUAUAUGUAUACAAUUAAGUGUACAAAAAUAAUACAAACAAUGUGCAAUGUCAGUAUUUUUUAAGAAAAAUUACAAAAUUAAAUAAAAAAUUUUAAAUUGUUAAAAUUUAGUUAAAUAUACC